AUGUCUGCCAAGACAGCAGGGGUCACCACCAACGAUGUCACGCACUUCCUGUCCAUGGGGGCGGGGCCUGCAUCCCCUACCUCAGUUUUCUCCGCUUCAAGCCAGGCUGACUGGGCGGCUAAGAGGCUGGUGUGGGUUCCCUCGGAGAAGCACGGCUUUGAGGCGGCCAGCGUGCGGGAGGAGCGCGGGGAUGAGGUGGAGGUGGAGCUGACGGACAGCGGCCGGCGGGUGACGCUGUCCCGUGAGGAGGUGCAGCGUAUGAACCCGCCGCGCUUCAGCAAGGUGGAGGACAUGGCCGACCUCACCUGCCUCAAUGAGGCCUCCGUGCUACACAAUCUAAGGGAGAGAUACUACUCCGGCCUCAUCUAUACCUACUCGGGACUCUUCUGUGUGGUCAUCAACCCAUACAAGAACCUACCCAUCUACACCGAGUCCAUCGUGGAGAUGUACCGGGGCAAGAAGCGCCAUGAAAUGCCCCCGCACAUUUACGCCAUCUCCGAGGCUGCAUACCGAAGCAUGCUGCAAGAUAGAGAAGAUCAGUCCAUACUGUGCACGGGCGAGUCAGGAGCCGGGAAGACGGAGAACACCAAGAAGGUGAUCCAGUACCUGGCCCAUGUGGCGUCAUCGCAUAAGACGGGCACGCUUGGCAGAAGCAAGGACACGACGGAUAGCUCCAAAGUCUCCCAGAGGGCCGCUGCACUGCUCGGCAGGAGCGAACAGUAUGGGGAGCUAGAGAGGCAGCUUCUACAGGCCAAUCCCAUCCUGGAGGCUUUUGGCAACGCCAAGACCGUGAAAAAUGACAAUUCGUCUCGAUUCGGUAAAUUUAUCCGCAUCAAUUUUGACGUGGCCGGGUACAUCGUCGGAGCCAAUAUCGAGACCUAUCUCCUGGAGAAGUCCCGCGCCAUCCGACAGGCCAAGGACGAGAGGACCUUCCACAUCUUUUACCAGCUCCUCUGUGGUGCCUCAGAGAGCAUGAGAGCGGACCUGCUCCUGGGUGGUGCUGAUCAGUACCGCUUCCUGAGCGGUGGCUCAAUCCCAGUGCCGGGGCAGAGCGACGCCGAGAACUUCACGCAGACGAUGGAUUCCAUGACCAUCAUGGGCUUCACCAAAGAGGAGGCGCUGGCCAUGAUGAAGGUGAUCUCGGCUGUGCUGCAGUUCGGAAACGUCUCCUUCCACAAGGAGAAGAACUCGGAUCAGGCCUCCAUGCCGGACGACACGGCGGCCCAGAAGCUGUGCCACCUGCUGGGCAUCAGUGUGCUGGAGUUCACGCGUGCCAUCCUCACGCCCCGCAUCAAAGUGGGCAGGGAGUAUGUGCAGAAAGCACAGACCAAGGAGCAGGCCGAUUUCGCCGUGGAGGCUCUGGCCAAAGCCACGUAUGAGCGCCUCUUCCGCUGGCUGGUCCACCGGAUCAACCGAGCCCUGGACCGCCGGCAGAGACAGGGCGCAUCCUUCAUCGGUAUCCUGGACAUCGCUGGGUUCGAGAUCUUUCAGCUGAACUCGUUCGAGCAGCUGUGCAUAAACUACACCAACGAGAAGCUCCAGCAGCUCUUCAACCACACCAUGUUCGUGCUGGAGCAGGAGGAGUACCAGAGGGAGGGCAUCGAGUGGAACUUCAUCGACUUUGGCUUGGACCUACAGCCCUGCAUUGACCUCAUAGAACGGCCUGCUCACCCUCCAGGGGUGUUGGCUCUGCUGGACGAGGAGUGCUGGUUCCCGCGGGCCACGGACCGCUCCUUUGUGGACAAGCUGUCUGGGGAGCAGGGCUCACACCCCAAAUUCCACCGGCCUCGGCAGCUGAGACAAGAAGCUGACUUCUCCAUCAUCCACUAUGCUGGGAGGGUGGACUACAAAGCAGAUGAGUGGCUUGUGAAGAACAUGGACCCUUUGAAUGACAACGUAGCUUCACUUCUCCAUCAGUCCUCUGAUCACUUCAUCUCUGAGCUGUGGCGUGAAGAUAUUCAGACUCUUCCUCGUGUUUACUUUUUCGAUUCCUACGCCACUCUGCAGACCAAUGGCUCUGACAUGGAGAGGAUCGUGGGCCUGGACCAGGUCUCAUCCGGGGGCCUGGGUGAAGGGGCCGGGGGAGUGGCCUUCGGGGCAGCAGGCCUGAAGACCAAGAAGGGCAUGUUUAGGACAGUGGGGCAGCUCUAUAAGGAGUCGCUGACAAAGCUGAUGGCAACGCUGAGGAACACCAACCCAAACUUCCUGCGCUGCAUCAUCCCCAACCAUGAGAAAAGGGCGGGAAAGCUGACCCCCCACCUGGUUCUGGAUCAGCUCCGGUGUAACGGGGUUCUGGAGGGCAUCCGCAUCUGCAGACAGGGCUUUCCGAACCGCAUCCCCUUCCAGGAAUUCAGACAGAGGUAUGAGAUUCUGACUCCCAACGCCAUCCCGCGCACCUUCAUGGACGGCAAGCAGGCCUGUGAGCUCAUGAUCAGUGCCCUGGAACUGGACCAGAACCUUUUCAGGGUGGGUCAAAGCAAGGUGUUCUUCAGAGCUGGGGUUCUGGCCCACCUAGAGGAAGAGCGGGAUCUGAAGAUCACAGACACCAUCAUCCGCUUCCAGAGCGUGGCCAGGGGCUACCUGGCGAGGAGGGCGUUCCUAAAGAAGCAGCAGCAGCUCAGUGCCCUGAGGGUCAUGCAGAGAAACUGUGCUGCCUACCUGAAGCUGAGGAACUGGCAGUGGUGGCGGCUCUUCACCAAGGUGAAACCCCUCCUGCAGGUUACACGCCAAGAUGAGGAGAUCCAGGCUAAGGAGGCCGAGCUUCAGAAGGCGAAGGACAAUCUGUCCAAAGUGGAGCAGGACUUUGGUGAUCUGGAGAGGAAACAUCAGCAGCUGAUUGAGGAGAAGGCGGUGCUCGCAGACCAGCUCCAGGCAGAGGCGGAGCUCUUUGCUGAGGCGGAGGAGAUGAGAGCGAGGUUGGCCAGUCGGAAACAGGAAUUGGAGGAAGUGCUGGGUGAACUUGAGGGCCGCUUGGAGGAGGAGGAGGAGAGGGGUGUACAGCUGACCAAUGAGAAGAAGCGGUUGCAGCAGAACAUUCAGGACCUGGAAGAGCAGCUGGAGGAGGAAGAGGCAGCCCGACAGCGCCUCCUGCUGGAGAAGGUAACACUGGAGACGAAGGUGAAGAGUCUGGAGGCGGAAACCCUGAACCUCAGUGAGCAGAGAGAUCGGCUUAACAAGGAGAAAAAGCAGCUUGAGGAGCGACUGAGCGAAGUGACAGACCAGCUGACAGAGGAGGAAGAGAAAGUGAAGAGUCUAAACAAACUAAAGAGCAAGCAGGAGGCGGUCAUUGCCGAUUUGGAGGAACGGCUCAAGCGGGAGGAGCAGGGCCGGAUGGAGCAGGAGAAGUGGAGGCGCAGGAUGGAGAAUGAGGCUGUGGAGGCGCAGGAGCAGUUAUCUGAGCUGGGUCUCCUGUCGGCUGAGCUGAGGGGGAGCCUGACCCAGCGGGAAAAGGAGAUCACUACCCUGCAGGGCCGGCUAGAGGAGGAGGGAGCCCGGCGGGCAGAGGCACAGAGAGCCCUGCGGGAAGCCAUGUCGCAGGUGUCAGAGCUCAAGGAAGAGGUGGAGAAUGAGCGGGGGAUGAGGGAGAGAGCGGAGAAACAGCGGCGCGACCUGGGAGAGGAGCUGGAGGCUCUGAGGACCGAGCUGGAGGAUACACUGGACACCACAGCCGCCCAGCAGGAGCUGAGGUCCCGCAGGGAGGCGGAGCUAGGGGAGCUACAGCGCUGCCUGGAGGAGGAGACGCGGCGUCACGAGGCCCAGCUGUCUGAGCUGCGCGUGCGCCACUGUGCGGCCAUCGACUCGCUGCAGGAACAACUGGAUAACAGCAAGAGGUCACGCCAGUCGCUGGAGAAGGCCAAGGCAGUUUUGGAGGAGGAGAGGAGCAGCCUGAGUGGGGAGCUGAAGACCCUGCAGGGCAGCAGGAUGGAGAGUGAGCGGGGCAGGAAGAGGGCAGAGGGCCAGCUGCAGGAGUUGAACGCCCGGCUGGCACAGAGUGAACGGGAACGGGAGGAGCGAGAGGAGCGGCUACACAAGUUGCAGUCUGAAAUAGAGUCGCUUUCCGCCUCUCUCUCCGCGUCUGAGUCCAAAUCCCUACGGCUCAGUAAGGAGGUCAGCAGCCUGGAGAGCCAGCUCCACGACGCCCAGGAGCUCCUGCAGGAUGAGACGCGGCAGAAACUGGCCCUGGGCUCACGGGUGCGAGGGCUGGAGGAGGAGCGGGCCGGGCUGAUGGAGAGAGUGGAGGAGGAAGAAGAGCGAGUGAAGGAGCUGAACAGGCAGAUCCAGACUCACACGCAGCAGCUGGCUGAGCUGCGUCGGCAGCUAGAUGAGGUGAACGCAGCGGCGGAGGCAGGUGAGGAAUGCCGGCGAAAGCUGCAGCGGGAGCUGGAGGGUGCAUGCCAGCGGGAGCGGACGCGCGAGGAGGAGAAGGACCGGGCGGAGCGGCAGCGGGAACGUCUCCGUGAGGAGAUUGAGGACAUGACUGUGGCCCUGCAACGCGAGAGGCAGAACUGCACUAUGCUGGAGAAGAGGCAGAAAAAGUUCGACCAGUGCCUGGCGGAUGAGAAAGCCGUCAGCGCCCGGUUGGCAGAGGAGCGGGACCGAGCGGAGGCAGAGAACCGCGAGAAGGAGACGCGCACCCUGUCCCUGUCCCGCGCCUUGCAGGAGGCCACUGAACAGAAGGAGGAGCUGGAACGUGUCAAUAAGCAGCUGAGGCUUGACAUGGAGCAGCUCGUAAAUGCACAGGACGACGUGGGCAAGAAUGUCCAUGAGCUAGAGCGGUCCCGUCGGAGCCUGGAAACGGAGGCGCAGUCCCUCCGAGUUCAGACCCAGGAGCUGGAGGAGGAGCUUGCCGAGGCAGAAAACUCGAGGCUGAGGCUGGAGGUCACACUGCAGGCCCUGAGGGCGCAGUUCGAGAGGGAGAUCAGCAGCAAGGAGGAGAAGGGUGAGGAGAAGAGGAGGGCACUAAGCAAGCAGGUCCGAGAGCUGGAGUCUCAGCUGGAAGAGGAGCGCAGCCAGAGAGCGCAGGCAGUAUCUGUGAAGAAGCAACUGGAGGCAGAGCUGCAGGAAGCAGAGGCACAGGUGGAGGCGGCCACUCGCGGCAGGGAGGAGGCGCAGAGGCAGCUGCGACGUUUGCAAACCCAGAUGAAGGAUGUGCUGCGAGAACUUGACGAGACCAAGCUGGCCCGUGAUGAGGUGGUCGCCCAAUCCAAGGACAGCGAGAAGCGGCUGCAGGCCCUGGAGGCGGAGCUACUGCAGCUAACGGAGGAACUGGCCAACGCAGAGAGAAUAAGGAGACAGGCUCAGCAGGAGCGGGACGAAAUGGCCGAUGAGAUACUCAACAGCUCCACUGGAAAAUCCGCACUGUGUGAUGAGAAGCGGAGGCUGGAAGCGAGGGUGACCCAGCUGGAGGAGGAGCUGGAGGAGGAGCAGAGCAAUGCGGAGAUGCUGGCGGAACGGCACAGGAAGACUGCCCUCCAGGUGGAGACCCUGACAGUGCAGCUUGCCGGGGAACGCACCCUGACGCAAAAGAGCGACAGCGCCCGGGAGCAGCUGGAGAGGCAGAACAAGGAGCUGAAAGUCCGACUGGGGGAGAUGGAGGGAGCCUUGCGAGGGAAACACCGACUCAGUGUCGCCGCCCUGGAGGCCAAGAUUGAUGCCAUGGAGGAACAGCUGGAGCAGGAGAGACAGGAGCGGACAGUUGCCAACAAGCUAGUGCGCAAGACUGAGAAGAAGUUGAAGGAGGUGCUGAUGCAGGUGGAGGAUGAGCGGAGACAUGCUGACCAGUACAAGGAGCAGCUGGAGAAGUCCAUGGGCCGUCUCCGGCAGCUGAAGAGGCAGCUGGAGGAGGUGGAGGAGGAGAACUCACGCACCAAUGCACAGCGACGCAAACUGCAACGGGAGCUGGAGGAGAUGACGGACAGCAGCCAGAGCAUGACCAGGGAGAUCUCAGCCCUGCGCAACCAGCUCAGCGCCACAGAGUGGAGAGAUGAGAAACGUGCUCCCCUCCCUCUCUCCCUGCGCGCUGCCCGUCGCCCACUGGUGGACGACCUCUCUCUAGAGAACUCCGAUUCUGAGGAGCCCCCCGCCUCCCCCUCACCAUCUACCGGCCUCCCGGCCACACCUACACCCUCUGAGCACAGCCUGGAGCCCCAGCUCCCGUAUGGCCUGACAGAGACGGAGUGAAGGGGGGGCGCUCCAUGGCCAAUGGACCGACCCAUCGACUCACUGACUUGAGGUGCCCCCCCCACGGCGUCGGUGCUGAGUGAGUGUGGGGGAGGAUCAGGCGAAGAACAAAUUCUCCAGGAGCAGACAGACAGAAGGAAGGACACAUUACUCACACUGACUGACUGGACAUUAAACAUCAGAAUGAAGAACUGCUGCAUAGAGAGAGAGAGAGAGAGAGAGACUAAGAACUUUUAUUUUGAAAGGGGGGAAAAAUAGAUCCCAGUAUACACUGGGAGGUCUAACCAAUUAGCAAAUCUCUUUUAGUAUAUCCUGCUUAAUGUGACAGUGUGUGUACCAUGAUGGUUAUUCAAAAUAAUUGUUUUUUUUUAUUUAAAAGCCAGGUUUGGUUGAGGCAUUUUGCAUGAGCUUGCAAAAACAAAGGUGACAGAAACAAAGGAAAAUAAUGAAGGACGGGUAACUUUAUAUGUAAAUGUUGAAAAAUCCCACUGAUUCUGCAAGUAAGAGAUGCACCCUUGCCGCCUGUGGUAAUAAUAUUAAUAUGCUCUGGUACUUUUUUAUGAAAUCCGCUUUGACUUGCUCGCAUUCUAAAAGCAGGGUACUGUAAGGUCACCACGUCAGAGGCGCUCACCCUGAUUGAGGUAGAUGUCCUUCUCCCAGGGUUUGCUGAGAGCGAGCAGGGAUGAGUCAGUGUAAAAUGUAACGUUUUGAGUGUUGACCUGAAUACAUUUUACCUGAAAGUAAACCUUUCUUAGAAUAACUACACUUUAAUGUGAGAAUCUCACCACUAGCAUAAAAAUGCAGCCUGGGUCCGCUGUCUUAUCUUCCACCAGGAAGUUUAUUUUUUUGCAAUAAUUAGUCUAGUAUUUUAAUCACAUUUCUUUCAAUGAUUGACUAUAUCUAAUGGUUUCUUACAAAAUGACUCAAUUAUAUAUAUUUAAUGAUUGGUCCAUGUACCUGGCAUUUGAAAAAUGACUGCAGUGUUUUGGAGGAAAAUGCCUAACCCUACAUAAUCUGGCUGAUGAGGCCUGAGGAUUACAGUGAAGACCAGCGUAAAACUGCAGUGUGUAGAUAGACUCAUGGUUUACAAGCUGAUCAGAAUUAAAAACACUUUCAUGAUGCACAUGUAGGUUGUUUUAAUGAGAUUUUAACAGGUGAAUUCCUUCUCUGUGUAGUGUCGUGCUUUGUGUCCAGGUGCUGACAUGAAGCUCUCUUAUGUGAUAGAUAAAAACAUGGAUCUAGGUAAACACACUUUGCUUACUUAGCACUUAUGUUACAUUGUUACUUGGAGCUAGAUAAACUGGCUUUCCUUACUUAGCACUUUUUGUUACACUGGUUCAGUUACAGUUAAAAUAUUAAUGUCACAGCUGAUGGUCUUUAUUUACAGGCUAGUAUGUUGUUUGCCUUCAUACAGUACAGGUGUUUCCACAGUCAUGGUGAUCUCACAUUUCACCUGCUCUUUAACCUUGAUUUUUGAUCAGAAACUCUAGGAAAGGGCUUUCGGGGUCUGAGCGCUUAGGAGAAUGGAGUCCUGUUUGAAAUGCAUAUUAAAGAAGAUCCGUACGAUAAUUGUACUGACCAAGCCGCUUGACAUAAAGUUGUAUGUUAAUAUAUUAGCGCUGGUUUUUCUGAAGGCCACACUACAGAAAAAACUGGAAGAUUUAAAAUAGUCUUAAUCCAGAAAAGGCGGGAAAUGAGAGCCUCCAUUUUUACUGCUGAUCUUUCUCAGUAUAUUCAUAUCAGAACCACCGGCAGCAUUUCAACAGCGGAAAUAUUGUACGAUGUCUAUUUUAGUGGUUGUGUAAAGUGUUUGUUAAUGGACGCUCAGUGUUUUCCAAAUGGAGCGAAUGUUUACGUUAUCAAAAUUUAGGAUAUAUGUAAUACAACCAAAUUUAGCAAGUAAUGAAAAGUAUUUCCAAGAAGUGGCGUGAAGGGUAAAAAUGUACUUCCUCUAGUAUCUGGAGGUUUUCGGCACGGACAUUUUUUUAGGACGCCUUUUCAUCUAAAGUGCCCUGCGUCGUAUUUCUGUAACUUUAUACAAGUGUUACAUGAGAAACCGAGGAGUGUUUGAAGCAGAUAUUUACUGUUUGAUGAAAUGUAUUAAUCAGGGUUUCAGCUGUUCUAAUAUGCAGUACAUAUAGCGAAGAAACUUACAAUGAAUCUUAAGAAAGGUUUCAGUAUAUUUUAAAAAAUUCUUAAUUAGCUCCCCAGUCAGAAUUUAAGUCCAAGGCAAAUGAUCAUAAUUCACCUGGCUUAAUUCAUUUGCAGAUCGUUUUCAUGGUUUCCAAUUCACCAUUUUUUUUACCCCACCCCACCCCCAAAUCCUUCUCCGUUGCAUUAUUUAUGUUGUACAGUAUAGAUCCUCCUUCUGUCACCGAUUGUAUAGACAGAGAGAGAGAGAGAGAGAGAGAGCCACCCCUCUACGUCUUUCACGUUGUAUUGCAAGCAUAACUGGGGUGUAGUCAGAACUUUUUAAAAAACCAGAUUAACCUCACACCCCCUCUAAGAAAUAGAGGGAAUAUCCUGGGGAUGUAUAUACCGUGCCCUUAUAUGACGGGCACGACUCAUUGCAACUUUGCAGUUAACUUAUCGUACAAGGAUGGUGCUUCGGUAUUAUUACCGUGAUUUAGGCUUACUUGGAAUGCUCUCAGCGUUUUACUUAUUCUGUGGCACUCUGUUUACUUUCUGCGUAAAAAAAAUUUGAGAGAGGGUUCAUGUGGACAAUAUUCAAUAAGUAUUCCUCUUUUAAUUCAUUUUACAAAUUGAAAUGUUUCUCCUGUGUACCUUAAUGAAUAUUUAUUUGAACUUGAACAACGACGCGGGCAUAACAUGAAAUAAUGUUUCUAGUAAAUGUGCACUUUAUAUUCCAGUAGAUGGCAACAAAAUCCAGCCGUUCACCCUCUCCGGCGUGUUUGGCUUUCAGCCGUGCUCUGCAAGUAAACUGUUUGUUUUAUGAAUUCAUAUGCUUACAAAUUCUCAUUUACGUCAUUAAACCCUCUGUCCUAAUAAAGCAUUUUUGAUUUCCAGAUACUUCUAUACUUCUGAUGUGCAUCAGAUAUUGUUUUAUGUUUUAUUAAACAUCAGUCUAAUUAA